AUGGCCGUCGGCACGCUGUUCCUGUGCGGGAGCUGCGUCAGCUACGCGCUCUGGUUCGUCGUGCAGGCUAAGGUCGCCAAGGUGUUCCCGUACCGGUGCCUCGUGGGCUGCCUGCAGUCCGCCCUGUUCGUCUCCGUGGUGAUCACCCUCGCCCCCGCCGGCGACAUAUAUGGAUGGGCGCCCAUGUGGACGCUGCGCUGGGAUCUGCAGCUGGCCACGGUGGUCUACUCCGGGGUGUUCAACACGGGCGUCACGUUCGUGCUCGUGUCCUGGGCGGUGGAGCGCCGCGGGCCGGUGUACCCGGCCAUGUUCAACUCCCUGUCGCUCAUCGCCACCACCGCCGUCGAGGCCGUCGUGUUCGGCACCGACGCCUACCUUGAUGGUGUGCUGGGGGCGGCGCACGUUGUCAUCGGACUCUGCGCGUUCCUGUGGGGCAAAAGCAAGGAGCUCGCGGCUGCCAAGGCGGUCAAUGCCGAGCAGGAGCUGUGGCAUGCAUGA